AACACAGACAGGAGACAGCUGAUUAACAUUGAUAUUGACAGAGUUUUGUUGUUGUUGAUGUAUAAUCAAUAAAAAGUUUAAGGUUAUACUUUUUGUAAUAAUAUCAUUUUUAAUUUGAUGUUAAAUAUUUUUCUUAGAUUUUGAGUAAAUAACACUUUUUGCAUUACAUUAAGACUCUUUUAAUGUUUCACAUUAAAUCAGCUAGUUUUAAAAAAGUACAAUACUUCCCAUGUACUGUAUCUCUAUUUUCAUAAAAUUUCAAAAUUGCUUGAAUAAUAAUUAUUAGAUAGUUUAUUCAAUUUUAUCUUAGGUAUUGCAGACAUUUCAAACGUAUAAACUACAAUGGUUUAUUUACACUUUCCAAACCAUCACACAGAAGAGGAAUUAAUGCUUCAGGCUAAAUAUCAUAAACUGAAGAGAAAGAAAAAAGCUUUGCAAGCGUUGAAGUCACCUCGAGUGGAGACAGAGAGGACGCCAACAGCUCUUAGUAAGAGACCGAUUGAGGCGAGAGAUGCACGUGAGGUGGCCAAGAAACUGAUCAAGUCUGGAGCGAUUCCAGCAAUUGCCAAAACACCGAAGCGUCCAGAGCAGGCCGGAUUCAAGCGGCCGCGUGGCCUUGAAAAGAAGUUAUCGGGCAGCGAACGAAUGGUCAGCGGUUUCCAACCGUUUUCAGCCACUCAACCCGAGGAUCAAGAGGCGGAUGUGCGUCCACGUGUCAAGAACUUGUACGAGUCCAUGAUGAGCGCCCGUGACAAGGAGGAGGGAAGAGCGAAUGAGAAAGUGAAGGAGCCUGGCAAACCAGACAAGCCUCGACAAGGAAACACAAUCUUCGUUUCGGGAUCAUUUGCACCCGGCUCGAAUAUCACCGAGGAUCUACUCAAAAAAGCAUUCCAGCCCUGUGGCAACAUUGUCAACAUUUCCAUGGAAGUUGAGAAGAAUCGAGGAUUUGUAACGUUUGAUAAGACUGAUGCUGCUGAACGAGCUAUUGCUGAGGUUAAUGGCAGCAUGGUGUCUGGAGUGCCCCUGAAAGUGACUCUUGCAAGGCGACAGGUUGUUAUAGAGCCAAUCAAUGACGUGUCUUCCUCGUCCGCCUGGUGUACAAUAGCGGCCAACAGUUCACAAAAAGGAGGUCACAAAGAUAAACGUGCUUUGGUCUCGUACGAGAAUGAUCCGUUUGAGGGAGGAGAGGUUAUUGAAGAAGCGGAGGAAUUCUAGAUAUUAUGAUUUUUAUGUCUGUUUAUACAACCUGAUGUGUUAGAAUGCGUUACUUAGUGAUUAAACUAUUUCUACAAUUCA